AUGCAAGUUCAACCGUCCCCCAGGGAGCAUGGGCCGAAUCUUCUGUCUAGUGUGUCAAUCAUAGGAACAACCCCGGACUCGGGUCCAUCCGAGCUGAGUGGGCCCCCCACACAAGAGCCGUACUCUGGGUUCCCUGAACCAUACAGUUCCACUUUGGGCAAUGAUCUCGCUCUAGAUGCACUGCUUCCACAGAAUUUGAUACCGGCAGACCCCAACUUGAGCAACUUCCCCGUAUUCUUUGAGCAAGUAAUGCUCCCGGGCGUUGAUGUGGGCAUGAUAACAGGCUCACAUGGCACCCACCAGCCCCGUGGAGUAUUCGACUUUAUGUUAGACACUGAUUUCAGCUUCGCAGGAAAUGAUCUUUUCGGCACUGAUUUCAUCCCCGACCUAGAUCGUAUACUUGACAACUCAGUCCCUCUUCCGGGAUUUGAAGAUUUGCAGAACAAAGAGCUCGAUUAUCAAGAAUCGGCCAGUCGACGAGCUGCAGCCUUCGAGCGCUCAUUCUGGCAAUGGGUGCCUGCAAAAAAUCAGCAUGCGUUUAGCGAAGAGCAAAGGAUUCCUCUACGAGAUGGUGAUAGUAUCUCGCCGACCCACAGGAACCGGCUCGAGGCUCUCCAGAUACCAGGUAAAAAACUCUCCAUGCAGGCACGAGAUGACAUAUUCAAGCUAGUGGUGCAAACCGCCGGGUCCCGACUCUCGGUCUCUUCUUUCCCGUCAUCCGAAUAUCUGGAUACGCUUAUCAAAAUUGGGAUCGGAAAGAGAACUGAGACCGAUGCUUGGAUUCAUCCUUAUACCUUUUACGAGCAGCAAUUGCGGCCAGAGCUACUAACUGGCCUGGUUGCAGCUGGGUGUGUCUGCUGCGGCUUGUCUUCGAUCAACAAAACCGGCAUUAUCUUGCAAGAAAUUACGCGAGCUUCUCUUGCACAGCUGGUUGAAGAUGACAAUAGUGUUUUACGAGAUCUACAGUGGCUACAAGCGUCGAUGCUUUGGUUGGACAUUGGCAUAUUCUGUGGCUAUAAGCGCAAAAUGCAAAUUGCCGAGAGUUAUUUACAGCCUUUAUGCACGGCAUUCCGGCGUGCUGUCGCUUUUGACCGAUCAGCAUAUUCUCGCCUUCCGCCACCAAUGGGGGAUGAUGAGGUUUCGCUUACGAAAGUGUGGCACGAAUGGAUAAAGCAAGAAUCACUAAAAAGGUAUGAUUGCAUGCUCUACACGCCUCUUUCUAUGCUUAUAUGGGUAAGACUGGCAUAUCACUUAUUCGGCCACGAUGUGGAAGUUGCUAUGGCGAUGAAUCGACCGGCUUUAAUCUCCUAUACUGAGUUGACUCUCCCAUUUCCCGCCGCAAGAGAUCUCUGGCUUGCGCCAAACGCAAGCGCAUGGAGGAAUCUUUGGGCUGAGAGGUAUCGAUCGGUUGGGGGUUCUGAUUUGAGCCUGCGGGAUUUGCUAUCAGAUCCGACUUUGAUAACAACCAUUUCUACAGAGCAAGAUUUUGACAUUGCGAGAACAGCAUUACUACAUGGUUUGGCUGUCCAAACAUGGGAGUUUCGCCAACAGAGGAUCUUAUCCGAAGGGUCACCUUUUGGUUCACGUGCUAUGACUCAGCUGUGGCUGCAGAGCAGACAAGAUGAUAUGUAUACAACAUUGAAGUCGUUACAAGAAGAAGCACGCAAUACCCCCCCUGUCAUCACCUUACUCAAUGAGUUUGUUAUGAUGUUUCUUCACAUUGAUGUGGAUGCAAUACAACGGUUUGUAGGGAAGUUGGGAGAGCUCGAUGCUCGUCGGGCAUACCCUGGACUUCGUGAGUGGAGUCGUACCAAAGAGGCUCGAGCUGGUAUAUGGCACGCUGGUCAGGUCUUGCGCGCUGCCCGUGCAGUUGCAGCCCACCAGUUACGUGGUUUUGAUGCCAUGGCUAUUUACCACGCCGCAUUGGUCCUAUGGGUCUUUGGGCUUCUUCAAUGUGGCGAGUCUACGAGACAUGAGCCUCACACACCUCUGAGCGAACAAGAGUUGCCUCCGUGCAUUUCACUCGAUGGACCGCAUGGUCCACCUAUCAGGGCUUUCUUGGCACAUGGGCAUGGUCGGCCGGGGCUGACCAUUUCCCAGCCUCGGAACGGCGAAAGCGGAAUUCCUACCGUCUUCUGUGAGCUCAGCAAGCCUCGGGCUAUCAUGGCUAUUGCCCGACAAGUCUUGGAAGGGAAUUGCCCACUUCCGUUUCCUGAAGACACUCUGCCACCAAUGAUCCAAAAUCUCUGUGAGCUUAUUGAAGAUUUGGGCAGUCUUCCAUAA